CUAACCAGUCUACGAAACCAAAAGUGCCGGAAAAUAAUGCAGUUUGUUUUGUUUUAACACGUUUGCUUUGCACUGAGACGUUUUAAAGUAUCUUAGUAGCAUAUGACCAUUAUUGUACCCGAAAGCAUUGAAUUGAGAUACAGAUUGUGAAUAUCCAUCACAGCCAUGGAAGAGGAGACUGAAAACAGUGUGAGUCAAGAAAGACAACUGAUGCGCUCCGACUCAGAGAAUGACUUUUUGUGCAGCUGCUGUUACGGACUGUUGAUCCAGCCCACAACACUGGUGUGCGGCCACAACUUCUGUCGACUCUGUCUGGCACAGUGGUUCCUCACCUCCAAGAAGAAGGAAUGUCCUACCUGUAGACAGCAGUGGCAGGGGCACCCACAAGUAAACAUUACACUCAGAAACAUGAUGGAAAGGAUGCUGGGCAGCAGGGUAUCCGCAAUGGAAGAAGAGUUAAAACAAAACACUGAGUCCCAGGCGAAGAUAGAAGAGUUCAACAAACAGCUGUCCAACUCUUCGAAACCAGAAACCGAUCUCAAGUCAUUCUGCUUCGGCAUUUGUAUCACACUCUGUGUUAUAAUUGUGGCCUACUUGGCGUGGUACUGGCGGAACAGUGAUGCAGAUCUUCUCAUCCACAAACCGGUGACGCGGUGGAAGAUGUCCGAUGUUGAACAGUGGCUGGGCGAGAUGGGCUGGGCCAGUGAUUAUAUUCCCGCCGUGCACCUCAACCAUGUGGAUGGAAAUAUGCUCCUAGCACUGGAUGAGAAUAAUUUACGUGAACUGUUGAAUGUCACAAAUCCUCUUCAUGAAAAGGCUUUGCUAUACGCUAUUCAUGACGUCAGAGAAAAAGGCAUAAAAAUGCCUGGGACGUUAUGGGAGUAUAAGGCACGGUAUCCAGGCAGAACAUUAUUUCUACUAUUUGGACUAAAAGACUUUCCACGUACAACUUUGCUCUACUUAUAUUUCUUCAAUUACGAAGAUGUCUUUUUGCCAUUUGUACACUUUUCCACACCACAAAGUAAGCCAGGUGAACCCAUCAACUGGUCCGAGAUAUCUGCCCCGACCAGUGAACAGUGGAUCCUGUUUAUGACGUACCUCGUCCUGUUGCCAUACUGGCUGGUGAUCAAGGUGGCCUGGUCGUACACAGGCAUCCACUACUGGACGUCGUGGUUCAUCAUCGUCAGCUGCUCCGCCCUCACAGUCACUGAGGCCUCGCUCGUCAAGUCCUACUUCAUGUCGGGACAGUGGAGAUCUACUCUAUCACUGCUGAAACAGCACUUCAAACUGCUGCUGUCGAUGAGUAUUUUCGUCAUUAUAUGGCCCAUUGUCCCGCGUCUUAUCUGCGACUUCUUCUUCUAUGCAACACUCUACUUCUCGCCAAUUCAGCUUAUGAGGAGUUUCUAUAACAACCAUUUGCUGGGACAGUAAACUGUGUAACACAAACAACUGUAUAUGUCUUUUAUCAGUUGAUCAUAUUAUAAUGGUGUGUUUAUGUGUCUAGUGUGGAUGUAUUUAAGUCAUGCUUUAUUAUUAAUAUAUUAGUGAAAUCUGCUCAGUCACUUUUCGCCCGCUUCUUUUGGCUUCAUGCACAAUAAAUAUAGCAUAUCUUACAGUAAUUUUACUUGAAAUCCAUAUUUUGUAAAAGGUACAAUUUGUUUAAUUACAAGAUUUUCUUCAAACACAUUCAGGUGCAUUAGUAAUGUUCAAACAAGAACUUUUCAAUAGCAAUUUUGCACUGCAAUUUUUCCAGCAUUCUUAAAACAUAAAUGUUCUGUACCCAGUUAUGGUUAUGGUAAGGAGAUGCAAAGUGACGUCAUUGGAAUACACUGGUGGCACCUAAGUCUGCACACCUAAGCAUUUGUGUUAUAUUUUAAAGUUAAAAUAUUUCUUUAAAAAUAUUUGU